AUGUGUAUUGAGCAUAAGGGAAGAAGUGCAUAUGCAAGGAUUUUAGUUGAUAUGUCGGCUAAUAAACAGUGGACAUAUAGUAUUGAUGUUGGAACUUGGGAUUUUGAACUUGAUAAAGUUGCUGUUCAAAACUUUGUUGUUGAAUAUGUUUGGCGAACUUCUCGUUGUUCUAUCUGUAAAGUUUUUGGUCAUGGUGAUUCUAUCUUUUUGGUAGGUUUAAAUGGGAAAAAUUUAGUUGUUGAUAGUAACACUCAGGGUGUGAUCGAUAAAGAUGGUGAGGGGUAUACUAUGAUUACAAAAAAAGCUGGAAAUACAGGGAAAGCUUCUGUGAAAGGGAAUGGUAUAGUUAGUGUUUAG